AUGAGCAGGUUUUAUUUACACAGCAGCAGAAGCAGAAGAGAACACAUCACCCCUGGACCCAGAGAACACAUCACCCCUGGACUCAGAGAACACAUCACCCCUGGGCUGAGAGAACACAUCACCCCUGGGCUGAGAGAACACAUCACCCCUGGACUCAGAGAACACAUCACCCCUGGGCCCAGAGAACACAUCACCCCUGGGCCCAGAGAACACAUCACCCCUGGACCCAGAGAACACAUCACCCCUGGGCCCAGAGAACACAUCACCCCUGGGCCCAGAGAACACAUCACCCCUGGGCCCAGAGAACACAUCAUCCCUGGACCCAGAGAACACAUCACCCCUGGGCCCAGAGAACACAUCACCCCUGGACCCAGAGAACACAUCACCCCUGGGCCCAGAGAACACAUCACCCCUGGGCUGAGAGAACACAUCACCCCUGGACCCAGAGAGCACAUCACCCCUGGACCCAGAGAACACAUCACCCCUGGACCCAGAGAACACAUCACCCCUGGACCCAGAGAACACAUCACCCCUGGACCCAGAGAACACAUCACCCCUGGGCUGAGAGAACACAUCACCCCUGGACCCAGAGAACACAUCACCCCUGGACCCGGAGAACACAUCACCCCUGGGCCCAGAGAACACAUCACCCCUGGGCCCAGAGAACACAUCACCCCUGGGCCCAGAGAACACAUCACCCCUGGGCUGAGAGAACACAUCACCCCUGGGCCCAGAGAACACAUCACCCCUGGGCCCAGAGAACACAUCACCCCUGGACCCAGAGAACACAUCACCCCUGGGCCCAGAGAACACAUCACCCCUGGACCCAGAGAACACAUCACCCCUGGGCCCAGAGAACACAUCACCCCUGGGCCCAGAGAACACAUCACCCCUGGACCCAGAGAACACAUCACCCCUGGGCCCAGAGAACACAUCACCCCUGGGCCCAGAGAACACAUCACCCGUGGGCUGAGAGAACACAUCACCCCUGGGCCCAGAGAACACAUCACCCCUGGGCCCAGAGAACACAUCACCCCUGGGCCCAGAGAACACAUCACCCCUGGGCCCAGAGAACACAUCACCCCUGGACCCAGAGAACACAUCACCCCUGGACCCAGAGAACACAUCACCCGUGGGCUGAGAGAACACAUCACCCCUGGACCCAGAGAACACAUCACCCCUGGGCUGAGAGAACACAUCACCCCUGGGCUGAGAGAACACAUCACCCCUGGGCCCAGAGAACACAUCACCCCUGGACCCGGAGAACACAUCACCCCUGGGCCCAGAGAACACAUCACCCCUGGGCCCAGAGAGCACAUCACCCCUGGACCCAGAGAACACAUCACCCCUGGACCCAGAGAACACAUCACCCGUGGGCUGAGAGAACACAUCACCCCUGGACCCAGAGAACACAUCACCCCUGGGCUGAGAGAACACAUCACCCCUGGGCUGAGAGAACACAUCACCCCUGGGCCCAGAGAACACAUCACCCCUGGACCCGGAGAACACAUCACCCCUGGGCCCAGAGAACACAUCACCCCUGGACCCAGAGAACACAUCACCCCUGGACUCUGCAGACUUACAGUAACAAACGGGGAGUUUCCACGGGUCUAG